CAGCAGGAGUCGAGCGAGCUGUCGAUGACAGACUGGAUCUGAUUCGAAAACGCAGCAGCGUGACGCGUGAGCAUUCGGAAACUCGGCAGUUCUCGGGGAAGUAAGGGAGCUAGCCGCAAGCUGGUGCUGGGUUGAUCAUUGGUUGCCCUUCUUCUCAUCCUCCAGCUUCUGACUGCUACGCCCUUAUCUCCUGGGCAGGUUAGCCAACACUCACAACUUCUUUUACAAAGUUACGCAAUUUUUAGGGCUGAUUGAGUUCUUGAUUUUGGUUGUCCAUGUCAAUCCGAUUGAUCAGUACCAAGAAUAGUUUGUUUGGUAAACUCUUAGCUGUUUAUGUUCUGAUUGAAUCUGCUACCUUUGACACAGAAGGUUGAUUCAAUGGGUGCCUGUGGUGGUAGCUCCACGAAACCUUCAACGAGUACUAGGGGAAAUGUGCCUACUUGGGGCACUACUAUAGAUGAUUUUCCUCCAGAUGCUGAUUACAUGGCGUUCCUGGGUUUGUGCCUUUCGUCAGCAGCUGAUUCUGACCGUGGGGUCCGUGCUAAUAGUGCUCAUGCUAGUGAAGCUGCCACUCGCAAUGUGGGUUCUGGUUUAAUUGGGGACUGGCAGGCAGACGACCUCUUCAAAUUCUUGAUUGGGAAAGAUGGUGGCAGUAGCAUUAUUAGAGCUGAGAACAAUGGCGUGGAUAACAAUGGGGAUGCUGGUGCUACCAAUGGAUGUGGCCUGUCUAUAGAUAGUGGCGGCGACGAUAUGGCGAAAGGAGAAGGUCCGGCGAUUGUUAUCGAUCUCGGAAUGACAUACUCCUGCGUCGGUGUAUGGCAGCACGAUAGAGUGGAUAUCAUUGCCAAUGAUCAGGGCAACCAGACGACCCCUCCUAUGUUGCUUUCACUGGCUCCGAGCGGCUGAUCGGCGACGCCGCUAAGAACCAGGUCACCAUGAAUCCGGUGAACACGUCUUCGGUAAGUUUCUGAAUCCUUCGCUGAGUUCGCAAGCUGUUCUCUGUUUGAUUUUGGUUUUCUUAAGGCUGAUUAGGGUUUUUCGAUCUGCUAUUUGCCUUCGUAGCUCUGUUAUAACUGCUCUAGGGAAGUAAACCUGAGAAUUCUUG